ACCCCGACCCACCUUAGCUACAACUCUUCCCUGCACCGUCGAACCACCACCAAGCCUCCCCUGCAGCUCCUCCCCAAGCCUCUCCCCGCAGCAUCAGUCCCGGCCGCCCCCUAACCACCACCUUCCCCGCAUUGCGUCCGGCCUCCACUCCUUCUUUCCUGGCCAGCCACCGGCCAACCGUGGCACCCCACUACUCGAUCCCGUCGCUCGUUGAUGAGGAGGGCCGGAUCCAGGCGCUGCGGACCCGCACGAUGCCCCGCCACAGGAAGCGCCUCCACCUACCUAUGCCGAGAGAGGCAGAUGCGACGGCUACCACGGGAGGGCUGGCCCCUGCGGCGGAUGCGAACUACCACGAAGAUGGAUCGGAGCAGCCCCGCCUCCCGGCGUCGAGAUCUGUGAGGCCCCGGCCACUACGCGCCGGCCCCGCCAUGAAUCAGGUGGUCGUUGUCACUGUUGCCUCAAGCCAGGGCACCGUCAUCGCUGCCGCAGAUGCGGAACCCAGUGAGGAGCCCGAAGCGCGAUGUCGUCUUGGCAUCUGCCGAGUCUGGUGGUCGCCUGAAUCCCGUGCGCAAUCAUCUGCUCCUCGGCGGCUGCUCUUCGACAGCCACACGAAGCUCCUCCUCUUCUCUGAAACCUUGCAGUUCAUCACCGUGCCCUGUGCGUUCGUCGCCCCCCCGCGGGGUGCAGUCCAGCAACCAUGAACGUGCAGCUCGCUGGCACACUGGCGCAUGGCGCGCAGUACGACACUCCUGUUGGUGCAGCCCGCUGGCUGCACCUACGCGCUACGACGACAAAGUCCCCAGGAUCAAGAUGCCGGGGAGCAUCGCGUGCAGCUCGUUUUUGCUCAUCGUGUAGCUCGUCGCGGCCCAGGUUGCAGCUCGGCUUGCUGCGGCCUGCAGUCUGCUUGAGUGGGAGCAUAGUUCGUCACUCGAUGGGUGCAAGAGUCUGCCGGCCAGCCGAGCUUGCCUUUCUUAUGUCUUUUUUCUUCAGUUUGGAUGGUUGUAUGUCUCAGUUUGCUCCGCGCAUCAUGCAUUUCAGCACCACUUUCGGCA